AGACGUAUACCGUAGUCCUGCAUUGAGAGGCGAGAAGGCCCCCUGAGAAGUUCUCUCAAGGAAUGGAAAGCUCUGAGGGACUUUUCUACCGUCUGGCUAAGUGAACAACUUUGGAACAGGAGAAAUCCAGAAUCAAUUGCUAGGACAAAGUGGAACUAAGUUUUCCUAUCAACCUGGCAUUUUUAAAAAGCCAUUAACAGGAUACUGAAUGUCCCCACCUCAGGAAGUCACGGCUUUGUUUACCUAUUCUGUGAUGUUGCUUGUGGAUCACACUGGAUCGCUUUAGUUUGGGCUUUAUUAGAGGUAAAUGAGUGAGGGAGGGGAAAGCACUGAGGAAGUGGAGCUACACUGGAUAUUUUUGGUCCCUAUUCAUCUGCAGGAAGACUGGCUUCAGACUUGCUCUUUCACAGAUACUUUCUCCCCCUGCUCUUGUUUUUUAUGUGGGACCUUUCUCCUUCUCACUCCUGAGUGGCUUUUUCUUGCUUGUUGCACUGAGCUUCUGCUGAUGGCCAGUGAUGGAUUGUCUGGGUUCUAGCCUCAAGAGGUCCCGUCUGCGGCGCACCACCUCUGAGAACACGGGCAAGCCUAGCUGCUUCCCCACCAAAAACCCUGAUGAAGAGGAGGCUUGUGUGGGGGUGAAGAUCGCUCAAGCGACAGAUCCUGGCAGUAGCCCUGGAGAACGCCGCAGUCAGAAACUAAGUCGGGGAUGCAGAGGCAGUGAUAAGAGUUCUAGUAGAGUAAAUGGAAGAGGCUCGGGCCGCCGCAUUCCUCAUCAUCUCAAACCACAAGUGCCUCCAAAACCAGUGCACCUCCAGACUCCGGUGACAGAGCUCUGCAAGCCGCUGGGCAGAGCCCCGCCCUUCAGCUCCAGGAUGGAGGAGGGAGGAGAAGGGGGAGGGGGGAAGGGCCGGGUGUCAGACCUCAUCAGCCGCUUUGAGGAGAACAGUCACACAGACAGCAGGAGGGAGGGUUCUCCUCUAAAGCAGCCUGUCAGAACUCCUAAGAGCAGCCCGGUGCACAACAGUGGUCAGAAACAACCGGAGCCUAAAGAGCAGCUGCCAGACUCCAGCACAGUCAGCCCUGACCAUGCUGACGGCCACUCCACCAACGGGGUGUUAGCCCAGAUGGACAGAGAGAGUGGAGAAAGCGUACAGUGCACAGACGGGCAGCCACUGCUGAACGGAGAUGUUGGGGAGCAGAUCGUGGACGGGGACAUAGAUCUGUCUCACAGUCUGAUUGAGACAGGUCAGAGAGAAGAGAGCGCGAACGAGGCCGGGAGUGAGAAUGAGGCCAGUAAGGAAGAUAAGAGUAUGGAGCACAAGGAGACCAAUGAGCAGAAGCUGUAUAAGAUUGCUAAUGAGCUCCUGCAGACAGAAAAGGCCUAUGUGGCUCGACUCAACUUGUUAGACCAGGUGUUCUGUGCCAAGCUGAUGGAGGAGGCAGGGAAAGGCACAUUCCCUGUGGAUGUGGUGAAGAACAUCUUCUCGAAUAUCUCCUCUAUCAAUGCCUUCCACAGCCAGUUCCUCCUCCCAGACCUGGAGAAACGCAUGGGAGAAUGGGAGUCGACACCUCGCAUUGGUGACAUCCUGCAGAAGCUUACCCCCUUUCUGAAGAUGUAUGCUGAGUAUGUGAGGAACUUUGAUAAAGCCAUGGAGCUGCUGAAACAGUGGACAGACCGCUCACCUCAAUUCAAAGCCCUCAUUCAGGACAUCCAGAAGCAGGAGGUCUGUGGUAGUCUAACUCUGCAGCACCAUAUGUUGGAGCCUGUGCAGAGAGUGCCUAGAUAUGAGAUGCUCCUCAAAGACUAUCUGAAGAAGCUCCCUCAGGACCACGUGGACCACAGGGAUGCUGAAAAGUCCUUGGAAAUUAUUGCCAUGGCAGCCACUCAUUCCAACACUGCCAUUCGCAAAUCCGAGAACUUGAAGAAAUUACUGGAGAUCUAUGAGAUGCUGGGGGAGGAGGAGGAUAUAGUGAAUGCCUCUAAUGAAUUUAUUAAGGAGGGCCACAUUCUCAAACUGGCAGCCAGGAACACCUCAGCCAUGGACAGAUAUCUCUUUCUGUUCAACAACAUGCUGCUGUACUGCGUUCCCAAGUUCAGCCUGGUGGGGCAGAAGUUCACAGUACGUACGCGAAUUGGAAUUGAUGGGAUGAAAGUGACAGAGACAUACAACGAGGAUUACCCCCAUACUUUCCAGGUGUCGGGCAAGGAGCGUACUCUCGAGCUGCAGGCCAGCUCUGAGCAAGAUAAAGAGGACUGGAUAAAGGCAUUCCAGGAAACAAUAGAGAUCUUUCACCAAAAGAAUGAGACGUUUAAAACAGCAUCUAAAGAAGUGGAGGAAGUGUCGAUAUCAGAGCUGGGGAAGCGUGCCCCUCGCUGGAUUCGAGACAACGAGGUGACGAUGUGUAUGAAGUGCAGAGAACCCUUCAAUGCUCUCACUCGCAGGAGACAUCACUGUCGAGCCUGUGGUUAUGUUGUGUGCUGGAAGUGCUCAGACAAUAAGGCUCCUCUGGAAUAUGAUGGGAAUAAGAUGAACAAGGUGUGUCGAGACUGUUAUUCCAUCCUAACAGGCCACACAGAGAGUGAGGAGAAAGAGGGCAAGAAGAAAGGCAUUCUGGAGAUUGAAGCAGCUCAGUUUUCUGGCAGUAGUAUAAUGUAUGGCUUCCUGCAGUACUGUGAGAAAAAUAAGCCCUGGCAGAAGGUCUGGUGUGUCAUCCCUCAAAAAGAAGCUUUAGUGCUAUAUCUGUAUGGAGCACCACAGGACGUUAAAGCCCAGUCCACGAUCCCAUUGCUGGGGUACUCUGUGGACGACACCACGCGGCCAGCAGACCCUCCAGCUAGCUUUCGUCUGACACAGUCGAAGUCUGUGCACAGCUUUGCAGCAGAGAACGAAGAGCUGAAGCAGCGCUGGCUCAAAGUGAUCCGGGUGGCUGUGACGGGCGAGGUGCCGGAAUGCCUGCCACCUGUAGAACCCCAUGGGACAGAGGGCAGUCAUGAACCCAGCUCAGAGAGCAUCUGAGAGGAGAGACUCCAGAAGAGCAACUUCUGCUUACCCGACCACAAUCAAGCCUCAGAAACGGAGAGCUUAGAGGCACAACCUGAGAAAGGACGCCUGAGAAAAAUAACACAAACUCUACACUCACUUACCUGUGGAGCAUGGAUGCCACCUGUUGAUAGGGCAGUGUAUCUCCACAUUGGAUUUAAAAUGUUCCUAAGCAACAAGAAGGAGGCUUUCCCUAUGGAACAUGGAGGUCCAAAGCGAUGGCACACACAAGUGCUUUGAAACUUCACCAGUGCCCCAAGACAGGCACCAGCAGCCUGGGCCAAAUGACAUAUGGAUGAAUGCACAGCCAUUCCCACACAUCAUGCUCAGCCCUGUUGUUAUAGUGCAGCAUAAUGUAUAAGCGUUGUAUAUACCCACAUUGUACCAUUUUAAGAGCAGCCAGUCCAUUUAGUAUAUAUGAGGGGAUGUGCCCCCUCUGUGUCUUUUAUAAAAAUAUAUGAAGUGAAUGCAGGUUUCUCCCCAAUGCUGAAGGCAAGUUUGAAAUUGAAUUCAGGCUGCAUCAGCACUCUGGGAAGAGAGUAAUCUUUACCUAGGGUCUUCAUUCACAGGGACUGCUUAUCACAUUUGGUUUCAAUUUUACAUGCAAUAAACACUCAUUAACAUCACUGCACCUGAAGAUGGGUUCAGCAGGAGCUGUGGUGCUGCAUAAACCAGCAUAAACUCAUUCCCAGCACAUUAAUGAAGAAAAAACAAAACACUCAGAUGAUACGCAGAUAUGUAACCUGAAGCAAGCAAUGCUUUCUCCUAAGCUAAGGACACCUAUACUACAGCAGUAAAGUCAACAGUUAUCUAUUGUAUUAUCAUGAGCUGGAUAAUCAUCCUUUCUUUACAGGACUAGGUAAAUUACACCACUGAAUGGUCAGUGAGACUGUGUAACGGGUGAAUCGGGUGAAUGUGUUGUUUCUCAGAUCCUAUCUCUUGUCAGGAUAGCAUUCAAUUUAAGAUGAAAGUCUGCUAUUUAAACAUAUUUGUACACAUGUACAUGUUUAUCAUCCACAAGCACAGAGUAUGUUUCCUUUUUUCUGUAUGGUGGCCAUGUUCAUGUUCGUGGAUGAGUGCUAAUGAGCUGGCCAGUGCAGACGUGUUGCGCUACUGAUGAGUGUCUUAAAUGAGACUUCCUGCGCGGGCAGAACAAUCAAGGACAAAUAGGCCCAGAAGCAGGGAGACAUAUGUAAAUGUUUUAUGAAAUACUGUAAUUAACUUUAUUAUUUAAGAAUAACUUAUAAAAGAUGUGCAUGAUUUUGAAAAGCAGUAGCACAAAGAGGAGUUUCAUACCAUUUUGCCUCCCUCCAUCAGGUUGUUCUGUCCAUUUUAUGAUUUUAGUAUUCAGCACAGCAUCAUAGUCUACAUUUGUGAAUUUGUUGUUCUUGUAUCAUUUCUUUUUCUCCACUUUCACAUUAUUGAACGCUGUUUGAGAACUGGUCAGUGUUUUACGAAUGGUAACGUGCCUGUGACAGUCACAUUUAAAACGGAGACAAAUCCUGGGCCGAUCUAGCAGUUGCGUAUUGCCUAGUAUUGCAGAUAUGUAGGCUAGGUUAUCCAUUAUAGAAAUGCACAGGUACACAGUGAGGUUUGGCCUCUGAACUAGUGUGAACACAACGCCUCUAGUCUAACCAUCCAGUGUUGUGUUGAUAGCCAGAUUCUUCUGGCAUGACAAGAACGCAAGAGCACUGGCGUGCCAUUUUAAAUGCUGAAUGUAGCCCUGUCGUUUGUUCAGAUUUUCCCCUAGCAUUAGUUAUAACAGGCUGACUCUGGAGUUAGCUGGAGAAAGACCCAAUGCUCUACACUGAAAUUUCCUCCCUUCUCCAAAUCUAAAACGCACUUUACCGUCUUCUAUAAAGUGUACCUUGUAAGAGAAAUAAAAAGGAUUAUGUA